UCAUAACAAAGACGACUCACAAUGCACAUACGCAGGCAUUUAAGUGACCUGGUGAUUUAAGACAUGUAAGGCAUCAGAAUAUCUUGAUCUACAAUGAAUUUACUUUGCUUCUGGGAGAUACUUCUAAGCUUGUGGAUACAGGUGUGCUGCUGCCAGGAUGGGACUUUCAACCAUCUGUCAAAGACAGAUGUUUUGCUCUUGAAAGAUGAGCAGGAUCCGAAAUGUUUCACCCGGACGGAGCAGGAUUUCACCUGCUUCUUUGAGACUGCAGACAAUGACAUGACUUAUGAUCUGCUCUACAGGAUUGAAGGCCUGCCCAGACAGAGGACAUGUGAAAUGUCUGUCCAGAGAACAGACGAAGAAGAAACUGUCCUACACAUCUGCUCAUUUCCUGAAAUGGAUGUUUUCGUUUAUGUGGCGACACAUCUUGAAGUUGUGGAGCGUGACACCAACACCAGCCUGUUCAACCGGACCGUCUCUGUAGAAGACCACUUUCUGAUGCAUCCCCUUAAUGUGUCCCUACAUCAAAAUGGUGAACCAGGACAGCUGCAGGUUUCAUGGCGCUCAACGGUCCUGAAAUACUGCGCCGAUACAGUGAUGUACGAAAUGAAAUACUCCUCUAAAGGACUCGGAGAGAAGACAAAAAUGGAGGUAGAGGAAGGGGACGUACUGGACCUUCUGGUACCAGGGGAGGAGGUCAAGGUGCAGAUCAGAGUAAAAUGUGCUUAUGAUCACGAUGCUGGACACUGGAGCAGCUGGUCACAUCCUGUGUGGGCUGUGGUUCCUCAAAGUUCAGAUGAUAUUUCACUGAUGUGCUUCACCUCUGAUCUUAAAUAUAUCACCUGCCAGUGGAAUGGGAGCAGAUAUGAUGAUCAGAUGGAGCUCAAACUUUUCUACCAGAUGGGUGUCAGUAAAGGUUUGGGCUGGACCGAGUGGACCGAGUGUCUCGCUGAGCGGGACUUGAUUGACAAGUGCUGUUUCUACGGUGACGAGUCCAAUAAAGUCAGGGUGAAGCUCAUCAGCACUGCAACUUCUCUCAGCAGAACUUUCUACACUGAGAAGUUUACCCUCAACAAGAGCAUUAAAACAUCCCCGCCAAGUCAUCCAAAAGCAGCAGUGCAGGAAGACAAGUUGUGUUUGAAAUGGGAAGCUCCUCUCCCGUCUCUGUCGGCUCACCUGCAGUAUGAAGUCGGCUACCACAUCAGAGGGAGUGAAGAGUGGAUGACGAGGCUUUUAAAGGGUCCGGAGACGAGCACAUACCUGGAUGUUCCUGCAGGUCAUCAGUACAGUGUGAAGCUCCGAGCUAAACCCAAUGGGUCCAUUUACUCAGGCCACUGGAGCGACUGGUCUGAUGUGCUCACCGGUGAUGCACCCACAGACAAAGGCCAGUUGCUGUUACUGUGCAUGCCUGUCUUUGUGCUGAUAGCCUUCAUCAUCCUCAUGAUCUUAUUUUACGCGUACCACAGACAGCUGAAACAGUAUUUUUGGCCGCCAGUGCCCAACCUUGACAAAGUCUUACAGGGCUUUCUGACAGAGAUCAAUGGGCAGAAAUGGGAUCCACCAAUGACAGCGAAGCAUUGCACCGAAGAAACCACCUCAUCCCUGGUGGAGAUUAUGUCAGAAAAUGAGGUGUCUGUGUUGGAGAAGCUAUCAGAGGAGGAAUCGAUCCAGUUGUUGUCAACAGAAAGCGACCUCUCGGGCAGAGAACAGGCAAACGAAUGUCCCGGGACUGAAGUGUUUCCAGAUUAUGUGACUCUGAACAAAGACAGCAUCUUUCUCUCUCCAAAGGGAAACAAAUAUGUGUGCGAGCAGGUCGGAGAGAAAGAAGUGGCGGCGGUGAAAGAUGACUUCAUCCAGACAUGUUCCUCUGCGUGCAGCGAAUGUUCAGUCUCUGUCCCAUCAUGCACCAGCGCCAAAUUUCUGAACUACUCGUACUUGCCUCUGGCUGAGCCUGCAGACAGAUUUGAGAGCAAGCUAAUGGCUGUGAGGGGUCCAGGCAACAUCUAUACGAAUCUCCCUUGUAGCUAAAUGAACAAGUGUGCUUUGAUUUCACUGGUUCAGAUUUGUUGUAUAUAUUCUUUCAAUCAGGACUCAUUGUAAAAUACGAUGAAUGUACAUAUGGAUUUUUACUGCAUCAUAAGCAUGGGGGGACUCGGGACAUAGGGCUUGGAAACGGGACUGUCUCUUUCAAAUCAGGACAUAUGGCCACCCUACUGUAGGCUAUAUGCAAAUAUGUAAGCUUUGGUCCAAAUUAGCUGUUGGGCACAUUUUUUAUUUUUUUAGUCUGGAAGAGAUCCUAUUAAAUUGUGUAAAAUAUAAAUGUAUUUUUUUGUUAUUGUUUGAGAAUAACUUCUCAUUUAUAUUACAUUUAUAUUAAAUGUUGUGUGGAUUUAUAUCAAAUUACCUUAAUUCUAUUUACUCACAAUUAACGGUGGCUUGAAAUAUGUCAUUAAUCAGAAAUGUAAGAAAAAAUGUAUUUAAUCGUCCUCUCCUUCAAUGUAACAAUAGAUAACAAUGGACACUGAUUUUUUUUUUGUUACAAUAUUUAGUGUUGAGGGUUUAAAUGUUUAUGCAAUAAAAAUUGAAAGCUGUU